AGCAUAGCCGCAAGGAUCGGCGACUCUGAUUUAUAAUGUGUUGUCCUGUUGACCGAUAGAGGGACGACUUUGACCACCAGCGCCGCUAAUAUCGAGAAGAUAAGUUUGAGCCUACCUACAUAUCUUCAGUGUAGGAAGCGCACAGCACAGCAGCAUUACGGAUGAUUCAUAUGGAGCUAAUCUCCUCCUCCUCCUCUUCUUCUUCUUCGCUCGCACGCAGCGGCGUCGCCUUCCUAGCUCUCACCAUAUGCUGUUCCAUGGCAUUUUGCUCGGCGGCGGCGGCGGCGGCCCAAGAUGCAGUAGAUCAUCCGGACGGAGGCCAUGUGCCAGUUAAUCCUCCCCCGUCGCCGUGGUUCCCGUGGCCAAGGCGGCCGGGAAAGGCGCCGCUCUUCGUUCUGGCGCCGCCACCGCCAUUGCCGGAGACGAAGACGCUCGCAGGGCCGCACCGCAAGACCCUGCAGCAGAAGACUGUUGCGAAUUAGUAGUAGUAACUUUGUUUGAGAUCAAUCAAUCAGUGGUCAUUUCUUCCCCCACAUUAUUGUAGGCUGGCCACUGAUAGCCUAUAUGUACGUACACGUGGCGUGACUCUGUGUGUAACUUGCUUCAGAUGCCUUUUCUUUAAUUUUUCCCCACAUUGUAAUCUUUUUGUGACUCUUAAUAUUUGAGAUGCUAAUUGACUGCCC